UUUGUUGUUUUCUAUUAGAAGUUCCUUACUCCAGGCGUGGAAUAUGGAUUUAAUAUCCUUGCUAAAUUCGGGGCACCAUUUAGAGCUUAAAUCAGAGGAAGAGGUUGUAAAUGAACUCCAAGAAAACCAUGAUAUUGUCGAUAAUCAUUCAGAUCCCUUGAGCCUUGAGCAAAAGGUGAAGUGUGGCCGUGUCCUGAUAUCAGCUGAUGGAGCAUAUAGCGUAGAGUGCGAUGCUUGCAAUGACCGCUUCGACGGAAUGGAUUCACUUAGAACUCAUAUGAAGACUGCCCAUUCGGACUAUGGCAUACGGAAAAAUGGCUGGAUUAAUGUUGCUGUCACGGAGGGGCUAACUUUUAAAACAGAGGAAAAUGAUGAUCAAGCAGCUGAUACAAUAGAUAGAAUCGCACCGGAGAAAACUGUGUGUAGGCUUUCAGAAAAUUCCAAUUCAAAAAAACUCCUCACCAAUAUCUCGAAAAAUAUUACCACAAACAAAAAUCGAGAGGAAGUGAAAAUUCCACGCUACAGAAUCUGUUCGGACAAUCCAAGGAAACCUGUGAAAAUUACAGCCGAGCCUAUUUAUGAUGGAAAACGACUCUUUUGUGUCACAUGCGAUCGUCAAUUAGCUUCCAGACUGGCCUUCACGCGACAUAAGAAUUAUCAUAAGGAGCGACUUCGUAAACAGGGAAUAACUCAUUUGAAUCAAGGCGGCCAGGAAGAUGCUUCAAAUGAAACUACAGUCAAGGAUGAGCUUGAUAUUGGCGACUACGAAAUACAGAGUUCAGUUUACGAUGGAGAAAGCAAGGAAAAAUUAUAUCAUGAUGGGAACCGAAUGAAAAAUUGUAAUCCUUCAUGGGACAACAGUGUGUUAACUAUAACCGAUGUGACGAAGGAAAGCACAAACGUGGUAAUUGGUAAAUCAGUAUUCGCUAACCCAGAUGAGGGAACCCUAUCCAAAGACAGCAAUCGACAGAAUGAAACAGAAUCAGAGCAAAGGCUGAAUCUGGAUACCAAGUUCAACAACUCAAAGAGUCGAGACUCGUUUAAAGGCGAACUGAUGGACUUCCAGUGCCGAUUUUGUAAUAAGCACUUUGAAAACCUAACAGAACGGUGCCUGCAUGAGGAAAGCCACGUCAACGAAAAGGCACCUUAUCGGUGUUCAAUAUGCUCGAAAUCAUUUACCAAGAACUUCAAUCGCAAAAACCACGAACUCAUUCAUAAAGGAGAUCGUCCAUUUCACUGUUUAGAUUGUGGUAAAACCUUUUCAACUGAGUAUUAUCUUAAACGUCAUGUUCAACGUUCAAUGGCGAAAGGAUGCGAACCAGAAUCGUAUUCGUCAGGAACUAGCUGCAAAAGGAUGAAGCUCAAAGCUAACUUAUCUGUUGGUGCCGAUGCUCAAUCACCUAGCCAGAGAGAAGUGGCAAUUGCUUCGUCUGUUCAGGUAGAAAGCGCUACCAGAAAUGAAAAAACAUCCUUUUGUGAAGAGAGUAACUUACAAAAAGAAGGAAUAGAGGAGGGACAGCGUAAACACCGGACCGUGUUUACAUUGGAACCCAAGUUCGACGAGGAAAGAAAUUUUUGUAUAACAUGCGAUCUUCAACUGGGUUCUCAGCAAGCAUUCAUAAAUCACAAGAAGAAACAUAGAUCGAGUAUUCGAAGGUGGAAGACCCGAAACGGGUUGAGAUUGCGCCGGAAACAUGGCAAAACUGUGUUUUCUGAAAAUCCCGAUUUCGAUGAUGAGAAACAAUUUUGUAUUACAUGUAAUCGUGAGUUCCCCACUACCAUCAGCUUCAAGUAUCAUAAAAGGAUCCAUAGAAUGAAGAUUCAUGAAAAGCGGGGUAGAACUAGAACCUUAUCUUGUGAACUAUGCUCCGAACGUUACCAUUCAGAUUUUACUUUAAGGGAGCAUAUUGUAACACGUCAUGGAGAUGAGAUUCCAGCUUCCCUUAAAGACGAUCCAACUUACCUAAAGUGCCGCUUUUGUCAUAAGCAAUUUCCAAAACCAACAGAACGUUUCCAACAUGAGAAAAGCCACGCUAACGAGCGAAAAAAAUUUUGGUGUACAUUAUGCCCGAAAUCUUUCACCAGAAGUUCAGACCGCAAAGUUCAUGAAUCCAUUCAUAGGGGAGAGCGACCAUAUCGUUGUGAACAGUGUCCUAAAUCGUUUAGGAAUAGAAAUAAUUUUACCCGUCACGUUAAAGAUGUUCAUGGUGGCGUUAAUGGGAACAUAAAGCAGACCAAAAUGGUGGUGUUUUCCGAAAACCCCGAAUUCGACGACGAGAAAAACUUUUGCAUCACAUGCAAUCGUGAAUUUGCCUCGAGGAGCAGCUACAACAAACAUAAAUUUUUACACAGGAAUUUGAUUCAUCCAAAACAUCCGACAUUUUUCUGUGAAUUGUGUCCUGGGAAAUUUAAGUCAGACUCUGGAUUAAGGGAUCAUAUUGUGACGAAUCAUGGUGAUGAGAUUCCAAAGUCUCUACAAGACGAUCCAAUAUACCUAAAAUGCCGAUUUUGUCAUAAGGAAUUCGCAAAACCAACAGAACGUUACCAACACGAGAAAAGUCACUCUAAAGAGAAGAAGCCUUAUCAAUGUCCAUUAUGCCCAAAAUCUUUCGCCAAAAAUUCAGAACGUAAAAGUCACGAAUCUAUUCAUAGAGAGGAUCUACCGUAUCGUUGUGAACAAUGUUUUAAGUCAUUCAGAUUUAAGACAAGCUUUCGUCGUCACGUUAAAUAUAACCAUCUUCGUAAAAAACCGGCAAAUGUAGUAGCUGUUGAAGUAGAGGGUACUAUCAAAAACGAGGAAAUGGAACCACCUAAAACAGUGUUUUCGGAAAACCCCGAUUUCGAUGACAAGAAACACUUUUGCAUCACAUGCAAUCGUGAGUUUUCCUCGAUUACCAGUUUCAACAAACAUAAAUUGUUGCAUAGGAGGCUAAUUCGUGCAAAGCAACUGCCAGUUUCAUGUGAAUUGUGCCUUGAAAGGUUUAGAUCAGACUUUGGGUUAAGAGAUCAUAUUGUCGUACAACAUGGAGAUGAGAUUCCAAAGUCUUUAGAAGACGAUCCAACGUACCUAAAGUGCCGCUUUUGUCAUAUGCAAUUUGCAAAACCAACAGAACGUUACCAACAUGAGAAAAGUCACCCCAAAGAGAGGAAGCCAUAUCGGUGUCCAUUAUGCCCGAAAUCUUUUACCAGAAAUUCAGAACGUAUAAUUCACGAAUCUACUCAUAGAGAAGAUCAACCAUAUCGUUGUGAACAAUGUCCUCAAUCAUUCAGGAAUCAGACAUAUCUUAGACGCCACGUUAAAAAUAAACAUGUUGGCAUAAAACCGACAAAAAUGGCACCGGUUCAGGUAGAGGACACUUCCAAAAAUGAGAAAAUGAGACGUAUCCGCAAAAUUGUGUUUUCCGAAAACCCCAAUUUCGAUGACGAGAAAAAUCUUUGUAUCACGUGCAAUCUUGAUUUCGCCUCCAGCAUCAGUCUUAGUACUCAUAAGUUACUGCAUCAAAGUAUGAUCCUGAGAAAACAAGCCACAUUGGGAGAACAUGUUGAAAUCUGUCAUGGAGAAGAAGUUGGAAAACCCCAGCAAGGGGAUCCAGUGAACUCUCAAGGCUAAUCUAAUCAUGACCGAUUUCAAGAGUUAACAGAGCGUUAUCUACCCGAAAAGCAUACCGAAGAAGCUGCUGAGCAACCUAAUAGUCCAGGUGAACCUUCACAUGCUGGUGAAAAAUCAUUUCCAUGUAAAGAUUGCGACAUGCUGCACCAAUAAUUCAGAGUAUAAAUGCAAAGAAUGUGGAGAAUCAUGUAAUGGCCACUGGGAAUUGCGACGACAUAUGAUCGACCAACAUGAGGUGUGCGAUUUUCCGUGCGAAGUCUGUGGAAAACAAUUUAAAACGGAUUUCUUCUUAAAGACUCAUAUAAAGUAUACAACUUGCGGUGAAAAAUUCACCCAGGAAAGCUGAAACUAAGGUAACAUUCAUAGUUAAUCGAAAUUACACGGAGGACCGUGAUAGGUAAUCCUAGUUCUAAUUUUCAAUAAACA